AUGAUUGAAUUAGCUUGCAUUUUUACAACUAGUGGUGUUAUAUUAUUUUAUAAGGCAUUUUCUACUUUGAGAUACGAUUUAGUAGAUGACUUAAUCAAAAAGAACUUAAUUAACGAAAGAUUUAGCGAGUAGAGCUAUUUGUUGGACAAUUAUAGAGUUAUGUGGACUAGAGAUUAAGAGAGAAAUCUCGUUUUUAUGAUAGCUUAUAGCGAGUUAUUACAUCUUUAGUCAACUGAUAAGUUUAUUAAGCUUUUAAAGGCUAUCUAUGUUGAAGAUUACUACAACUAAAUUAAAAUUGAAAACCACGUUAUCAAAGAAAUUCCAUCUUUUGAUAAGGGAUUCGAAUAGAGUGUCAUGAAAUGGUAAGAAUACUUGAAAGUCGAAAGGGAAAGAUAAAAAUCAACUAUGAAAUCCUUUGAAGAAACAAAGAAAGGAUAAGAACUUAAAAAGGGAGCAAGCGGGGUCUAGAAAAAAAAACCAGGCAAGGUUGGUACUGAAAAAGACGAGUACACUCCUUCUGGAAACAGCGCAUUAAAUAAUAGUGUUGGCAGUGUUGGAAGCUAUAAUUCAAUUGAUUCUGCAGAUGAAUCUAAAACAGAUGCCAAAAGAAACAGUAUUGAUAGUUCUGAAUAAUCAGAAAUAGAAAAAGCUAGACUUUUGUUGAAACAGAAAUUUGAAAAGCCAAAAAAAGAACCUACUCCUGUUGAAAAACCAGUAGUUGAAUAGAAAAAGUAAAAGGAUAAAGCAGUAGGAACUGCUGGAAAAUAUAGUAGCUAAUUAGCUAAACAAUUAGAUCAAAGUUCGAACAAAUAAGAAGAAGAUAUUAACUUAGAAAAGCAAAAGUACUUAGGAGGCGAAAAUGAAAAAAUAAAAGGUUUUGAUGAUAUUUCUUCAGACGAAGAUGAGUAGGAAGUAGAAAAAAGAGGUUUCUUCUCUAAAAUCGUCAGCAAUUUUAAGUAACUUACUGGUACCAAGAUAUUAGAUGCUUAGGAUUUACAGCCUAUUCUUGACAAGUUCAAAGAGUAAUUGAUGAAUAAAAAUGUUGGUGAAUAAAUUGCAUAAUAGUUAUGUGAUAGCAUCAAAAAGAAUUUAAUUAACACUCAAGCAAAAGCUUUAACCUUGCUUAAUAAAACCGUUAAGGAAUCAUUAUAAGACGCUAUCAGCAAGAUUUUAACACCAAAGAGAAAUAUUGAUAUUAUUGCCGAAGCAAUGAGAUCAAGAGAAAAGGGAAAACCAUAUAUCAUAACAUUUAUUGGUGUCAAUGGUGUUGGUAAAUCAACAAACCUUGCAAAAGUUGCAUAUCUCUUUAAGAAAGAAGGUUUUUCUGUCAUGUUUGCUGCUUGCGAUAAUUUCAGAGCUGGUGCAGUAGAAUAAAUUAAAACUCAUGGUAGAUGUUUAGAAAUACCUGUAUUUGACAGAGGUUACAAAGAUGAACCUGCUGAUAUUGCUUUCUAAGCCAUCAGAGAAGCUUAAGCAAAGAAAGUUGAUGUAUUACUUAUUGAUACUGCUGGUCGUAUGUAAGAUAAUGAACCUUUAAUGAAGCAACUCAGUACUCUUGUUGUCUAAAAUAAUCCUGAUCUUAUUGUUUUCAUUGGUGAAGCUUUAGUUGGUAAUGAUGGUACUGAUUAAUUAAUGAAAUUCAACAAAGCUCUUAUCGAUCUCUCCCCAAAAGACAGAAUCAGAGAAAUCGAUGCCAUUAUCUUAAGUAAAUUCGACACUGUCGACGACAAAGUUGGAGCUGCUUUAAGUAUGACUUAUAACACUGGUAAGCCUAUUCUAUUCUGUGGUGUAGGAUAAAAAUACACUCACCUUAAAAAACUCAAUGUUAGAACUGUAGUUCAUGCCUUGCUAGAUUGA